AUGUCGCAGAUGGUGGGCUCGCUUGAUACCUCUGGCAUUGGUGUGAUCCAUGAUGUGCAGUUGGAUUACUAUGCCAAAAGAGCUGCGGCGGCGUCCAGCGACGGCACCAUCCGAAUCUGGGACGUCACCGAUGGACGCCAGCAGCAGAUCGGGCACUUGAAGGGCCACGAGGGGCCGGUCUGGAAGGCGUACCGGUGCAGGGCGGCGGGGUUUCAGCGUGCAGCGGGGGGUAUGCAGUUGAAGCGGGAAUUUCCCGUGACACGUAGUUCACGCGGCGCGUUACGCCUCGGUGCAUCGCAUGCGACGAUCGCCAUGGAGCAACUGAAGCAGCGCGUGCAGGAGCACUUUCACAGGUUGGUGCAGAAUGGCUCUAGCCCCAACGAGGCGGCUGUGCAAGCGCUUGCACUGGCGAAAGCCGAGGCCAACCGACCUUCGCCCUAUGGGGCAGUGAGUCCAAGUCCUCCCGCUGCAGCGCCGGCGAUCAGCUUUGGCGGGCGGGAAGAAGGUCUGAGUCGCUUCGGUCCCUUAUGCUUGGGAUUGGUGGGGCCCUUCCGCAGCAUUUGCGUGGUGGGACAACCCCGGCCUGGCAAGAGGCUGUUGGUCUUGGACAUCGACCACACGAUCUACGACCCCUCGGAGUAUGGCGGCAACCGAGGCUCCACGGUGAAGCAUCCCAGCGAUGAAGCGAUGAUCACCCGCUGUCGUCCGAAGCUUCAUGAGUUCUUGACGGAAGUUUCGGAAGAAUUUGACAUCAUGGUGUGGUCCGCCUCAGACAUGCUGCGGAUCCUCACGCUUCUUCAACAGCUGGGCAUGAUAGGCGCGGGGUCGAACUACAACAUCGUCGCCGUGCUGGACAUCGAUUCCAUGAGCGAAUUGGGUUCCGAGGAGAUUGAGGAUGUGGAUAUGGUCUUGGACAAGCGCGCCAUCAUGCAGACCGUGAAAGUGCCGGCGGGUGCCAUUGCGGGGCAGCAGAUCGAAGUGCGAUCGCUGGUGGAUGGAAAGCCGAUGAUCGUCCAAGUGCCUACAGGUCACAAGCCAGGCGAUGACUUUCACGUGACCAUUCCGGGUGCCUUGAGCUCAGCCAGCGAGGAGUUGAGCAUCGAGGCUGCCGAGCUACAGAAGGCACUCCAGAUGUCGCUGGGGCAGGAGGUCGGCGAGUCGGGGCCAGCUUUGUCGAAAGCACGCCGCCGCUCCAAAAGUGUAAAACCCUUGUCGUUGAUCUGGGCCUGCGCAGAGUUCGCGAGCCUCUACAAUGAAUCGAACACCGUGAUCGUCGACGACACGGUGGACGUUUGCCGGGCCAAUCCCCAGCACUCCAUCCAGUGCAGUCGAUACUACUGCCGUGACCACGCGACCGACGAGGAGCUCACACGCUUGGCAUGUUACCUGAAGCGCAUGGCGCGAGACUCAAGCCGCUUCCCCGCGAACCACCAGAGGUGGCGUGAGGAGGUCUCUUGGGCCCAUCCCCGCUUCGGCCAUUUGCUGGCCACCGCCGGUUAUGACAUGAAAGUGAUCAUCUGGAAAGAGGACCGUGGGCACUGGGUCAUGGCCUACGUGGAUAGCAGCCAUGCAGCCUCGGUCAAUGACGUGGAGUUUGCCCCACAGGAGCACGGCUUGCGCCUGGCCUGUGCCUCCUCUGAUGGCCAGGUCUCGGUGCUCAGCUACUCGCCCGCCGACGGCCAAUGGAGACGGAGCGUGAUGCAGGCCCAUUCGGGUGGGGCUCAGACUGUGAACUGGGCACCAGUGAGCUACCGGGACGGCGUGCCCUGCGGCUCCGUUCGCCUGGCGACCGGUGGCUGCGACCACACGGUGAAGAUAUGGAGGUUUGACAACGAGGUUUGGUGCGAAGAGAACCCACGCUUUCCAUACGCCCACACCGAUUGGGUCCGCGAUGUUGCUUGGCGACCGGACCAUUCUAGCGUGCUUGCUACCGGGAGCUGGGAUCAAAGCGUGAUCAUUUGGUCUCAAGAAAUGGAAGGCCAAGCAUGGAGACAAAUCUCCAAGAUCCAGUUGGAUGGAAAGGUGGAGUGCCUUUCCUGGUCUAUUACAGGUAGCAUGCUGGCGGUCUCCUAUGGUGACGGCAUGUCCAUUAUCUUCAAGGAGGCCUACAACGGUCAUUUCGAAGAGGCCGGGAAGAUCGAAGAGUCUGGCUUCACCGAGGUGGCCGGCAAGCUGUCGGGUGCACCCCCACCGCAAGGAGAUGGCCUCGCGCCGGCUCCAGCGCCGCCCUCCAUGAACUCCGAAAUGGCGCAGCAGCAGCAGGCUCAGAUCCGGCUCCGUCGGGUGGUCAGCACGUGGGUUGGGCGAGUGCCGGACGAGACUGGCGCUAACCGGUUCGACGAUGACUGGAUACUGGAUGCGCCGGUGGUACUGCUGCAAACGUCGAAGGAGCUCUUCGUGUCUAGCUCACCCAAUCGAUGGGUGGAUCUGGCCUGGAUCUCCAAGCUGCUCAUGUGCACGGUCGCUGCCGGGCUUUUGAUUUUUUUGAUUUGGAUCGCCCUGUUUGGAAUCCCUGAGAUCUUCAAAGAGAGACCCCUGCGAUCUUCAAGCGAGGUAGCGGUUUCCAGCCAUGGAAACCGCCGAGGUGAAGCGAAGAUGGAGCAGGACUUACCCAAGUCGGUGGUGCUGAUCUUGGCACUGACCAUGGGCUUGGACUACUACUCCACGGACCAAUACCAGUCGAGUAUGCCUAAUAUGGCUGUGGAGUUUCACGUGUCUCAGGCUGCGAUGGGAAUGAGCAUCAUCAUCCACACCGUGGUCCUGUCCGUGAGCAUCUUGAUCGCUGGACCUUUGUCCGAUCAUUUGGGCCGCCGUCCCUUGAUCCUUCUUUGCCAACUGGUUCUGGCCAUCAGCUCGUUCUGCUGCGCCUUUGCAGAUACUUUCGCAUGGUUCAUGGGAGCACGAGCUUUUCAGGGUAUCUCCGCUGCGGCCUACAGUGUGAUCCUAGCCAUGAUCCGGGACUGCUAUGAAGAUGAGACCAAGCGUUUGGCCUAUACGAGCAUGGUGGUUUCGGUGGCACCUCGGCUUGAAAACCAGAAAGUAAACGGUGGAGUCAUAUAG